AUGAGUUCGACGAGAUACGACCGACAAAUGCGCUUAUGGGGAGAAAACGGUCAGAAGUUACUCUCGUCCGCGAAAAUUCUGGUCUUGGACGCCGGGGCGACGAGCGCGGAAGCGGCGAAGAAUCUCAUCUUGGGUGGAAUCUCGCAACUGACGAUGUGCGAUUCGCCGAAACGGAUGGUGGAAGAGAGAGACUUGGGGAAUAACUUCAUGACGAGUUUGAGUUUUGAAAAAGGGGACGAGGACGAGGGAGAUGAUGAUGCGAACGAUGAUGCGUUGGUUUUAGAACGGACGAAGAGAAUAAAAAGGGGCGACAUGGUGUGCAAACACUUGAAAUUGUUGAACCGAAACGUAGAGGUGAACUUUUGGGAGGAAGAUCCGAGAGAGAUGAUUGAACGGUUUCGACGAGGCGAAGAAGACAAAGAAGAAGACAAAGAAGAACUUCGUCACCAUCGAUUGCAAGAUUUCGAUGUGAUACUCGCGUCGCAGUUGGACGAACCGACGAUGAUUAAACUCGACGACAUUUGUCAAAAGCUAGGGAAAAAGUUGUUGACGCUGCGGUCGAACGGAUGUUUCGGGACGGUGAAGAUAUCCGGGGCGAAGACGCACUGCGUAGUCGAGGCGAAACCGGAAAAUCGAAAAAUGGAUUUACGGUUGAGCGAGAGCGGCGUGUUUACAGAGUUAGAGGAGUUUGCGGAGAAGUUUGAGGAUUUGGAGGCGAUGGACGAGCAGAGGUUCGCGCACGUGCCGUGGGCGGUUUUGUUGCUCGUGGCGAAGAAAAGGUUCGACGAGAAGCAAAGGCAGACAUUAGAAGACGGCGAUUAUGAGGCGCAGAAGCAGUUCAAGGAGUUUUUGAAAUCCAUGCGAAGGACGAAAACGGAGCUGAACUUUGAAGAGGCGUUGGAGAACGUGAGGAUGGCGUGGCAGAAACCGGAUGUGCCGGAGAACGUUUCGGAGUGUUUUGAAAAGUUGCCGAGGGAAUUUCGAAGCGUUACUGAGGAAGGAGAUGGAGUAGUGAUGAUGGACACAGAGACGACGCUAUCCUCUUCGGACGUAGUAUCGAUAACGGACGUAGGAGCGAGCGAUGUGAGCACAAAGUUGUUUUGGAUCUUUGUCGCCGCGUUGGAAGAGUUUACGAAAAGGAACAAAAAGUUUCUCCCGUUGGACGCGGGCGCGUUGCCGGACAUGACGUCAACGACGGAUGCAUUCGUCGGACUUCAAAGAGUGUACCUCGAGAAGGCACAAAAGGACCAACGCGAGAUGUUGCGCAUCGUUAAAGAAACGAUCGUUCCCAAUUUGAAGACGACGACGAGAUCCAACGAUAAUAAUAGUACCAGUGUUCGUCACGGGAGCAAAAUCGUCGACGUUAUCGAGAAGGACGUGGACGAAAAGCAGCUGGAAGAGUUUUGCAUAAAGUUUUGCAAAAACGCGCGCGAUAUUCGAUUCGUCUCCUUCACGUCGCUCGCAGACGAACGCGACAUUUGGAGGUGGGAGAACAAACCAGAACACGAAGGCAAGAAGGCGCAAGUAGCCUCCUUCCUAGCCGUCGACAGUCCGCAACGCGUGUGCGCGUAUUCCUACGCGCUUUUGCGCGCCUCGGACGCGUUCGAGGCAAAAUUGUGUCGAAAAGCCGGCACAUACGCGCCCGAAGAAGGCGUCGAUAACGUCGUCGCCUCCUCGGGAACGGAAAAAGGCAAAUCGAUGCUCUUCCAUCGCAUGACGAGCGACUGCGCGGAACUUCGCGCGCUCGUCACCAAAAAUUUAGAAGCCGCCAUGUUCCAAUCCUUCUCCACGUCCACUUCCCCGACGAAAAUGGACGUCGUAGAAAAACCACCCUCCGAUGACGCCGACGCCGUAAACGACGACGGUGGAAAUGGUUCAAACAACAUAAAAGCUGCCAAAGCCGAAGAGGCUGGUAAAUUCUUGGAACGGCUCGCCUGGGAAGUCGUUCGCUCUCAAGGCGGCGAAAUCCACGCCGUCGCCUCCGUCGUCGGCGGCGUCGCCAGUCAAGAGGCGAUUAAACUCAUCACCGGACAGUUCGUUCCGAGUCACGGGAGGGUGUGCGUCCACUUAGCCGACGGGAGCAGCGCCGUCCUUCCUUAG